CAGUCCGGGACUCCAGCUGAUGCUGUGGACAGAGGUCUCGUCAGGACGCAUCAUUACGCGCAGGAACAAAACAGUUCAAGUUUCAGCGUCCAGCAUUAGGAGACUUUAUUCUGAUGUGUUUGGCAGCAUUGAGGAGAGCUCUGUCUGUGGUGCAUGUGGAUUUGAACCCAUCCAUGUAAAUUCAGCAGACAGUGAUGAGCAGUGCGGAGCCCGGGAACAUGAUCUCCGCGUAAACCUCUCCACCUCUCCGUAGUUUCUCUCUCUACUUUAACAAUGCAGAUCCUCCUCUACACAGCUCUGUUCCUCUACAUCAGGCAGUCUGCCCGCGCUGAGCCCAGACCCUCAUGUCCCACACGGUGCGAUGUGAGCACCUGUCCGAGCCCCAGCUGCCCCAGCGGCUACGUGCCGGACCGCUGCAACUGCUGCCUGGUGUGCGCCCUGGGGGAGGGAGAGCCGUGCGGUCGCAAGGACGACCUGCCGUGUGGGGACGGGCUGGAGUGCAAACACCCGGCGGGCAAGCGGCUCUCCAAGGGCUUCUGCAAGUGCAAGGUCAGCUACGAGGUGUGCGGCAGCGACGGGAAGACCUACAGCAACGUGUGUCACCUUAAGGCGAGCAGCAGGAAGGCGCUGCAGCAGGGGCUGUCCGGCAUCACCCAGAUCCAGAAGGGACCGUGUGAGACCAGCACAGGUCCUCCUCAUGCUGCCAGUCCUCGCUACAAGUUCAACUUCAUCGCUGACGUGGUGGAGAAAAUCGCUCCCGCUGUGGUCCACAUCGAGCUCUUCCUCAGACAUCCUCUGUUCGGUCGGAACAUCCCUCUGUCUAGUGGAUCUGGGUUCGUGAUGUCAGACAAUGGACUGAUUGUUACCAACGCCCAUGUGGUCUCCAGCACCACUCCAGUGUCCGGUCAACAGCACCUCAAGGUCCAGAUGCAUAAUGGUGACGUAUAUGAAGCCAACAUCAGAGACAUAGACAAAAAGUCAGACAUCGCCACCAUCAAAAUCAACCCACAGACAAAGCUGCCUGUGCUGUUUCUGGGCCACAGUGCAGACCUGAGGCCCGGGGAGUUUGUGGUUGCAAUCGGCAGCCCCUUCGCCCUCCAGAACACCGUCACCACUGGCAUCGUCAGCACCGCCCAGAGAGACGGCAAGGAACUGGGCCUCAGGGACUCUGACAUGGACUACAUCCAGACGGACGCUAUCAUCAAUUACGGGAAUUCAGGAGGACCUCUGGUUAAUUUGGAUGGGGAGGUGAUCGGCAUCAACACCCUGAAGGUUGCAGCAGGAAUCUCAUUUGCCAUCCCCUCUGACAGGAUCACUCGCUUCCUUAACGAUUCCCUGGACAAGCACAACAAAGACGUGAGGUCAAUAAAGAAGCGUUUCAUCGGAAUAAGGAUGUUGACGAUCACACCAGCGUUGACUGAAGAGCUAAAACAGCAGAACCCAGAUUUCCCUGAUGUUACCAGUGGGAUUUAUGUCCAUGAGGUGGUUCCUCACUCACCUGCACAGAAAGGUGGCAUCAAAGAUGGUGACAUUAUUGUGAAACUGAAUGGCAAACCUCUAAUGACAACAGCUGACCUGCAGGGGGCGCUGCAGGAGGAGACAGCCCUGCUGCUGGAAGUCAGGCGGGACAAUGACGACCUGCUCUUUAACAUCGAACCUGAUGUUAUCAUGCAGUAGAUACUCCUGCAGAGUUAGACCAACAUCUGAGGCCCUGUGUUUGUGAAGAAGGAUGUUGGAUGGUUGAAGCUCUGCACCAGUGAAUUGAAGUAUUUAUGACAAACGCGCACAUCUUCUGACACUUGGCUAACUUGACUGUACCGAAAUCAAAGGAGGACAGUAUCAGUAAGGACGACAUGGUACAAUUCAAUUUUGGCAUCAAGGAUUUACAACCGUACCUCCCUCCUGUUCACAUCAGGUCAACGCUGGAAUCAUUUCAACCCAAACCCAUUUUAUGUAUGUUAACUAUGUGCUGGUUUCACAUUUACACACAGCCCAGAAAUAAUGAAGCAACAGUGGUUGUUGGGCGUCUUAUGGUGCACAUCACAAAAAUUAUAAGAUAAAAGCAAAGUUGAUGAAUGUUCUGUUAAACUGAUGAAUGAAAAUUUAAUAAACUUAUAUAAAAAAUAAAGGUGGUGAAAGUAUACAGAUAAUUAAAUCAUUUAAUUUUCUCUUAAGCAUUUUUUAUUUCCAACAAAGUGUUUUCAGACUGAUUGACAUAGUCAUUGUACAAUCCACAACGUUCCAUUAUCCCUCCAGUAUCCAUGCAAGGAUAAAUGUGUGUUCCAUGACCAGGACAGAAUCCACUUUGGUCCUCCUUUAAAGUAUUUUUUUGUAACCUGGGGUCAUGAUCCCGAGGCCCCUGCCAUCAUCUGCCACCCAUUUGGUAAUUCACCUCAGAGAGAGAUGUCACCAAAGGUCUCCAUCUUGAUUUGAACAAAAGAAACUGCAAUUCAUGGCCAGGUUCUUAAUACCUCACUUGACCCUUAUGUCUAGCCUAACCCUAACCCACAAGGUGAUGGCCCCAUGUUAUACCUUCAGGCUGAGCCAACUGGGCUUUAUGGGUGUCACCAGGCGCUUGCUACCUCCCCUGCCAGCCUUCUUUCAACUGGGAUCCCUGGUCCUCCCUAAUCAAAAAGGUAGCUUGCUUCCCAAAUUGCCACUCCACAGGGUUUUCUGGUGAAGAGAGCCAGAAUAAGCAAAGCUCUUAAUGUACCAGUCAACCUACAUUCAAACCCCAUCUUUGGUCAUGAACUUUGGGUGACGAUUUAAAGAAUAAAGUCAUUGACGAAAGCAUCCAAAAUGAGUUUCCUUGCAGGAUCUGUGGGCUCACCCUUAGGGACUCAAAGACCCAGAGGCAGCUGCUUCAUUUUGUUGAAAGCAGUCUGUUAAGGUGGUUCAUGUUCUGAUUAUGAUGUCUCCAGGAAUCCUCCCUGUAGAGGUGCUCUGAACACAUUCAACUGGGAGGAGACACAGGGGCAGAACAAGAGCACCCUGGAGGAUUUUGUAUCUCAUCUUGCCUGAGACCACCUUGGCUUACCCCAGAAGGACCAAGAGAAUGCUGCUGGGGAGAAUGAUGUAAGAGCUAAUGUGCUGGUUGGAUGAGUGAUGAUAGUCACUGGGUGUCACCAGCAUGUUAAAGAAUAAAUGCACCAAUGCAAACUUGAAUGCCUAAUAGGGAACAAUGAGAUCAAGAGUUAAUUGACUCAGGUCGUUAUCGAAUAAAAAUUUAGUAAAAACUCAUCAAUUCAAUCACUUUCAUCAACUCUGUUUUUAUCACUUGCCGUUUGAGUUCCGUCAGAGAGCAGAGAUGAUUCUUAUCAGUCAUUGAAAACCUAUUCGUAGGCUGUAAUUUUCCUCUAAUUUGAAAGGUGCACUUAAAGAUGUGACAACUUAACUGCUCAGUCUCUAUGUAUGGGUAUAUGACAAAAUUUUUUAAAGCUAGUUGCUUGGGUUGUCAAGGUUGAGUUGACACACUGUUACUCUCCUAUCUACUAUGAGCACCUCAGGCCACAGAAUACCAGAGUCAACAUACUCUUUAUACAGUGUGUCUUGCAAAGCGGACUACACUACUAGUGCUGUUAUGAUGAACAGUCCUUGACCACAAGUAGUGAUGUGUUUUCAUCUUAUUAUUUGUACUAUAAGUCAGACAGUUUGAGUCUCUAAAACCUGCAAUAAAGUCUGAUUAGUUUUAGGUAUGACAAUGGUUUGAUUCAAAGAUAAUGAUGAUGAGGACUUCCUUUCUAUCUUUUGCUGGAAAUCUAAGUGCUGUACCGCAAAUGGAUGGAUGAUGGAUGUUUCCCAAAGAAGUCCAUCUCACCUGAGCCCUAAAGUUGUAUCACCUCUAAAAGAUGUUGGUUCUAAUUGGGUUACUUGUUCUUGGUCUUACUCUUUAAACCCAAUAGAAAAAAAUCUGUGACAGUCAAACAUAAAGUAACAGCUGUGUCCCAUUUGUGCCCAAUCCCACCACUAAAGGAAUUCAUAGAAAUCCCUCUUGACUCAGUACAUGUUUUACCAAUAGUCCAACAUGUUGACCAUAUGUGGCAACCCAUACUAAAAAACUAUCAUACAAUAUGGAGUUGACAACUGGCGUUCACACAAAGCCUUGAAAGAUCAUCCAACAGUGUCCAAAACCCUUUCCCCAACACCUUUGUUAUGUCUGAAUUGCCUUGCUUAGAUUAUGCUGUUGUCUUGGUACUGACAGUACAGGAGAAAUGAUUUGUUCUUACGUCCAGGGAAAUUAAUUACCACAAACCCUUUGGACUGUCCAAGGUUUUCUAGUGAUUGAGAAUGAAAACCAAAAGCUGUUGGCCAAGAUGAACUCCUGUGUUGACUCACUCGCUGCUUGGUCGCAACUGAGCCUAGCAUCCCGUCAGUCAUCCUCUGAGCUUGGUUGGUUUCAGUUCAUUUAUGUUUACAAAUAAAUGCAGACAGAAAUGCAACAAACCAAAACACAUCAUGGAUAAGGGUUGUUAUUCAUUGCUUAUCACGGUCUCCUUUCCCCUCAUCUCACUGUCUUCUUUCUCUAUUACUUUCUCUGACUGGUUCAUAAUGCUAAGAUCCGUCCUCUUGGCAUUUGACAGCAAUCAAUAGGACUGUGACUGUGACACUAUAUUCAAACUAUUUUGUUUGAAGCACACUGAAACCCUUUGGAGGGCAACUUCUCAGUUUGGAACUUUUGCAUUACACUUGCGCCCAGCGUCUAAAGUGCAUGGCACAAAUGUAACAGGGAGAGUGUAUGUAUGUUGUGCACCCGCCUAUGUGGACUCAUAUCAUUAUCUUGAUAAUACACCCUUAAAAUAACAGUAAACUACAGCAUAAUUGACUUUCAAAUCACUUUCCGUUGCUUCAAGAUAGCAAUGGGUCUGACCACACCUCAUUUUAAGACCAAGUGCAUCUGCUAUUAAAACAAUGUGGGCACUGGACAGGAAAAUGACAACUGCGCAGUCUGAAACUAAUAAAGACAGAAGGCUUUGCAUUGCUUUGAACCGGGUGUACGAUAGAGCCCAUGAGUUGAGGAGGAGGUGAUCGCAGCAAUAGCUCUGGUCUAUGUGAGGUUUGAAGCAUUAUUAUUCUGUAAUGAAUCCAGUGUGAAAGAUCUCAUCUGGAGACGAGGUGGAGGUUAACCUUUUAGCCUUUUGUUGUUUCAUCUCUCUUGAUUCAUGAAAUGGGACACAGCCUCUAAACCAAGUGCAGACCCUGACUUGGGCACAUUCCCUGCUCUGCAGUUGGCUGUUGGGAUGUUAGGCUACAUACAGUAAUAUGAAACACUUGAUAUUUUUGUUUGUGUUUUACAUCUGCUGUGUCAUGUUGUAGCAACUUAUAGCUGAUUUUGUUGAUGUCCACUGACUCCCGAACAAAGUGAACAAGAUACAAUACUUUACUUGAGUUGGAGGCAUUAAAACACAUUAUGACCUCAGUGCACAUGGAGCAGGAUAUAGUGGACUUCCUCAGCAAGCUCUCUGGUGGCCAUAUUGGAAUCAUUCUCUUUUACCAGUUUGUUACUCUUCUGGUUAAUUUUAUCUUUGUAUAGUAUCCUUUUGUUAGUUAGUCAACCCUUAUAGCUUAUCUGUAUUACAUACAUGAGAGCAGGUUUAAGAAAUGCUUUGGCCACUUGGGGACAGCACAACAAGCUGCAGGCAACAUUGACAUAUUAACACGUAAUAAAGUUAUAAUAACCUUAUUUUAAACAUGUUAGCAUAUUUACAUAUACAGCAAACACGGUGCAACAUUAGCAAUCAUUUGGAGUCAUGUUUUUGGUCAAUAUUCACUCUCUUUUGGUCUCUAAUAGUGCCUCUAAUAGAGAUUAUGCUAAUGAGGACAGUGAGAGUGACCAAAAACAGUAAAGCUGCUGAAAAAAACCAAAACAGCUGAUAACGCUCUGUGGAUUUGUCAUUAGGAGUGACUCCUUUCCUUUACACAUAGUCAUGUGAUGCAUUUUACUAUACAAAUAUUUAUUAGUGCACAUUGUGAGUUCACCAUCUAACUUCAGUCCUUUACUCACCAACAGGUGUCUCCAUAGGUGGAAAGCAAGGCCAAUUAACUCUAUUAGUCUCUAUCACAUCUUUUCUUCUACUCUAGUUAGCAUGCUAACCAGCUAGCCACAGCCCACCCUCGUCACUUUCUGAUAGAGACUCACUGUAUAUCCUCCAGUCUGACAACGAUGGCUGAAGUUCUUGUCAAGCAACAAUCACCACCACCCACUUCCGGCAAGAAAUCACAUAUAGCAGUAGAGAACACCUACAAAUAGCCCCUUUAAGUAUGAUAUUAAACUUCUAGUGUCAAUGUCAAUGCCUGUGUUGCAGCAUUGUUACUGGUUGUGGAUGAUUCAUGGAUGCCAUAAGUUGUCCUCAUAUAACCAAAUGUGAACCAUGUGUGUGUUGAUUCAGUUUAAAUGAUGUACUCUGUUGGAAUGAAGAACGCAAAUGUGAGUGUUUUUUUCUUUCAUAGCUUCACCACUGUUGCUGCUUUGGUUUAUAUCUGUUUGUGCUUUUAGUAAUCAUACACUCUUUAAUCACGUCGUCCAAACCAAAUGUUUACAUGUAAGUUGCCAACAAAGCAAUACUCAGCAAUUCAUCAGCC